CUUUGUCUUCCGGUCACAAUCCCUAUGCUCUUGCCCGGCGCAGCGGGAGUCUGUGAAACCGGACCUUCAGACAUCGGUUCCGACCCAGAUGAAACCGUCUGUCUGAGCAGCCUGAGGGCGCGGAGGCGGAUCCAUGUUCGGUGGGUGACUAGGCUCGGUUCGUUUUUCGCCGUUGACUCAGCGCAGCAGCGGCCGCCACAAUGAGCUCGGAGCCCGGCGGAGAGGACGCCGGCGCGCCGCAGGACAGGCCCGGGAACAGCUCCAACAAAGACGAAGAGCUGCACGCCGACGCCCCGCACGAGGAACGCGACGUUGCCAGCGGAGUUCGUCCCCCCGCGAGGCGCAACAGCGAGGAGCGCCCGGGAGGUGCAGCCGGGUCUCCGGGGCUCGGGGAGCGGGAGGCACGCGGCACGCCUUCGGCCCCGUCGCGGACAGCGAGCGGCCCGAGCUCGGGUUCGGACGGCGGCAGCCUGUUUUCCUGGCUGCAGAGGAGGAUUGUGAGGCGGGGGCUGUUUGUGGACCCCGCCAGGGACAAUUUCAGGACAAUGACCAGCCUGUACUGCUCCAUGAAUCCUGCAGUUGAGUCGGUGAACCUGAGCACCCAGACCCACGGAGCCGUGUUUAACCUCGAGUACUCCCCGGACGGGUCUGUCCUCACGGUGGCCUGCGAGCAGACGGAGGUGCUGCUUUUCGACCCCAUCUCAUCGCGGCACAUCAAAACGCUGGCGGAGGCCCACGAGGACUGCGUCAACAACAUCAGGUUUCUGGACAAUCGUUUGUUUGCCACCUGCUCUGACGACACCACCAUCGCGCUGUGGGAUCUGCGAAAGCUGAACUCCAAGGUGUGCUCGCUGCACGGACACGCCAGCUGGGUGAAGAACAUCGAGUACGACACCAACACCCGCCUGCUCGUCACCUCCGGCUUCGACGGGAACGUCAUCACGUGGGACACCAACAGGUUCACAGAGGACGGCUGCCCCCAUAAAAAGUUCUUCCACACUCGCUACUUGAUGAGGAUGCGCCUGACGCCGGACUGCUCCAAGAUGCUCAUCUCCACGUCCUCAGGGUACCUGCUGAUCCUGCACGAUCUGGACCUCACGCAGUCCCUAGAGGUGGGCAGCUACCGCAUGCUGCGAGCACGACGGACCCCGCUCAGCUCAGAUGGAGGCACAUCAGCGUCCAGAUCAGCUGCUCCACGCCAGGGAAACGACUCCAGCAAGAUUCACCCUCACAGAGAAGGCCUUUCUCCUCGGAACAGCCUGGAGGUUUUGACUCCAGAAAUCCCUGGAGAGAGGGACAGAGGGAACUGCAUCACAUCCCUGCAGCUGCACCCUAAAGGCUGGGCCACACUCAUCCGCUGCUCCAGCAACAUGGACGACCAGGAGUGGACCUGCGUGUACGAGUUCCAGGAGGGUGCCCCCACCCGGCCGCUGGUUUCCCCCCGCUGCUCCCUCCGCCUCACCCACUACAUCGAGGAGGCCAACGUGGGGAGGGGCUACAUCAAGGAGCUGUGCUUCAGUCCGGACGGGCGGCUCAUCUGCUCGCCGUACGGCUACGGCGUGCGGCUGCUGGCCUUCGACGAGCGCUGCAGCGAGCUGGCCGACUGCCUGCCCGUGCAGACCAGCUGCCUCAGGGAGGUCCGCUCCAUCUACUCGCACAGCGACGUGGUGCUCACCACCAAGUUCUCCCCGACACACUGCCAGCUGGCCUCAGGCUGCCUGAGCGGACGCGUGGCCCUUUACCAGCCCAAGUUUUAGGAAGCGGAGGGCUUUCGUUCUUUCAGUCGAGCCGUCCGACGUUUUCUGAACCUCCAGACUCCAUCCGUUAUGUCUGCAGCCUUCAUCAUCCGCUGUUCGUGGAGCCACAAACUCUAAGAAAGGGAUGCAAGCGUCUUUGUUUUUCUGUGAGGCUGAGGUCCUGAUGGGCUCUUCAGUCCUCUCCGUCUCUUCUCCACAGGUGCUACUCAGACCGGACUGCAGCUCCGCCCACCGUCCCAGCAGUUUGGUCCUAAAGACACUCCAGGACAGCAGUCGCCUCCACUGCUGCCACUGUCCCCACCUGUGUGGUCUUCAAGGACUGUUCCUGAACAUUAUGUCAUUUUUAAGGCAGCAGAGUUCAGAGACACAGGACUGUCUCUACUCUAAUGUGCUAGCGCCUCCUGCAGGAGGCGUCACGCUCAUGCCUCCUCUGGAGCACAGACUGCUGUGGUUGUCUGCUGCCAAACCUGCUCACACUCCUCUGAACUUCUGCUUUGGAGAAACUUUGGGAAGCAUGUUUUUAGAGUGGGGCUGUGCUCCUGCACUGAUGUAAGCAACAGGUUCAAAGCCAACUUCACUCUAAGCCUGAGACUCUUGUAGCUCCCAUGAUGCUCCUGGAGCUGGUCGGUCCUGUUUUUGGUUGAUCAUCACAGCUGCAGCUUUCUGCAUCUUUUAAAAGAACGGACUCAUUAAAGGAAGCUGCUGCUGUUUUUUUUCUCACAGUUUAGGGAGGGGGGGGUCUGUGAUGUUCCUCAUCAUGCUUUUAUUUUAUGUGGUGCUGGUUUUAAACAUGUUCUUUGUGGGUGUAAUGAGCGACGCUGUGUGUUCUGGUGUGUGCACUGUUGAGGCCCCCCCAGCAGGGGGUCUCCUCCCCAUCACAGGAAUAAAUGCUCAGCUUCUUUUUGA